CAUGCAAGAGAACAAUGUGAACCAGCCUACAUCAUUGUCUCAGCUCUAGAGAGAGAACUACUUGGCCGAAGCGCGGGCGCACCAGAGACACAGCGACAUGAGCCGUUCCGACUCCUCGCGGCACCUGGUCUACGCUCCCCUCAAAGGCAAGGCGGAGGACUCCGCGGGGCAGGACAAGCCCCAACACCAGUUCCCAGACCUCUCAGCCUUCCUGAGCCAGGAAGAACUGGAUAAGAGUGUCAACCUGGCCUGUCAGGCUAUCGGACACGAUGCCCGUGAGAAGAGGACAGAGUUCAAGGCCCCGGUUGCCCCUUCUGUCACCUCCACUGCAUCCAACACUCCCGACACCCAGCCUGACCUGGAACUUAAAGAACCCCUACCAACACACGCAACAUUCUUCCCAGCAGAGAGACGGUCAUUCUCACCUCUGUCCAUACAGGACAAUGUGAUAAGGACAGACAAACAGAUAUAUCAGCCAUCCCAACUGUCCAUUCAGGACAACGCAAUAAGGACCGACAGACAGAAAUAUCCACUGUCCCAACCAUCCAUCCAGGACAACGACAUGAGGACAGACAGAGAGUUGUACCCACCGUCCAUCCAGGACAAUGGAAUGAGGACAGACAGACAGACGUUCCCACCGUCCAUCAUCCAGGACAUUACAAUGAAGAACAACUGGGUGACCAGGGAGGCCUUUGAGGACUUUAAGAGGCCAGGGGCUAGGGGGGUGAACACUCCAGCGUACGGCCUGGGGACCCAGUCCAAGAAGGAGUUCCUCAACAAGGCAGCAGACUUCAUCGAGGAGCUCUACUCUCUGUUCAAGGCUAACAGCUCCAAAAGGAUACGGCCCAGAUCAUGCAAAACUCAUAGGAGCAGAUCAAACAAGGGUCAAGUGAAUGGGAGCAUUUACUCCCUGAAUGCAGACGAGGAACGAACCAUUCUUCUCCAAGACUUCGAAAUGGAGAUGGAGAGGCCUACUAAUCCUUUCAGCAUUCAGCCAUCAGAAGUCCAGGGUUUGGGCAUGGAACCAGGGUUUGGGCACACUUACUUCCCCAUGCAGGACUGGAGGACUACUGAGGAGCAGUAUGAGGACUCUGGGGUGCUGGAGGCGGAUGGGGUGGAUAAGGCUGAAAGCCCUGCCCUGGUGGAGGUCACCCCCGGGGUGUACACAGCCGACCCCAUCUGUGAGCCCCCUCACUUCAUCCAAAAACUUAAAAGCAGGGAGGUGCUGGUGGGCAGCAAGGUACAGCUGGACUGCAUUGUUCGAGGACUCCCCAUGCCCGAAGUCCGGUGGUUUUGUGAGGGGAAGGAGCUGGAGAACUGCCCUGACAUUCAGAUCAUCAACAACGGCGAGUUGCACUCUCUGAUCAUUGCCGAGGCAUUCGAGGAAGACACAGGGCGGUACUCUUUCUUUGCAUCCAACUUCUACGGCACAGACUCUACGUCUGCCGAAAUCUACGUCGAAGGUGCCUCCUCUACAGAUUCGGAGGGGGAACAACAUUUUGAACUUGCACAACUACAGAGGACCCGAGCUCAGCCGGGUGCCCCAUCUUUACCUCCAGUUGUCAGUGUUGUGUCUCUGUGUGAGGAUGACACAACCAUCUGCACUGAAGAACAGCCACAGGAGGCCACCUCACUGCCUUCUAGCCAGGUAGUCACUGCACCUGUACCUGUCCAGGUAGCUACUAAUGUCCUUCCUGUUAUGGAGGUGACAACAGCACCAUCCACCCAGGUGGCGUUUACAUUGGUCCCUGCCCAGGAGAUGUCAGCACCGUUACCUGUCCAGGUAGUUUCUACUCUAGAUCUACCACCUGUGGAGACGGCGUCAGUACUGGCGCAGGAGGUGUCAACACUGUCACUGCCAACACCGUCACAUGUCCCAGUGACGUCCACACCAUUACCGACACAGACAGUCUCUACCACGGCACUACCGCUGACCCAUGUAGUCUCCUCUAAACUGCCUGCCCAUGUUGCUGCCAUACAGACGACUCUAGCUGAGAACCUAAAUGGAGACAGCUAUACUUUAAGUCCAGACAUCUAUCCUCGAGGUCUAGACGGGAGGCCUAUCAUGGCUGCCCCUGUUUUCACAAAGAGUCUGCAGGACCUGUUGGCAUCGGAGAGCGAGCUGGUGGUGCUAGAGUGCCGUGUUAAAGGAGUGCCCUCCCUCAAGGUGGACUGGUACAGAGAAGGAAAUGUCAUUGAGGACUCCCCUGACUUCAGGAUCCUGCAGAAGAAGCCUCGAUCCAUGGAUGAAUCAGGAAAUAUGGUCAUUGCUGAAGUCUUCCCUGAAGAUUCUGGAACAUUCACUUGCACUGCAAGCAACAAAUAUGGAACUGUGUCCAGUAUUGCUGCACUAAGGGUGAAAGGAAAUGAAAACACCAACAACAACCACGUGAAAACUCUCGUUGGCACUUUAACAAUGGAGUCCACACAAGUCCCAGAGCCGCCUUCAUCAGAUCUCACUCUGCCCAGUCUAAAGCCUCAAGCUGAGGCUCUUCUCACCAACAGCAUCAAGCCUCACUCCAGCACCAUCCGCCUGGAUCCCUUCAGCUCCAGCAAUUUACGACUGGAACCUCUGAGCUCCAGCAUGCUGCGCCAGGUGCCUAUCAGCGCCAGCAUGCCCAGCCUGGACCCACUAAGCCUGUGCAGCAGCCUCCGUAUAGGCACCCGUAGCUCCAACACAUCUCAUCUGGACCCACUCUACCUGAGCACCCCUCACCCAGACCUGCCUACUAGCUCCAGCGUGCUAUGCCCGGAGCCCCAGAACAGUGGUGAGAUACCCAAGACUGACCAUGAAUACUCCAGAGCGUUUUCAGUGUUACCUGACCCUCCCGUUGGUCUUUGGCCUAAGGUGGAAGGGACUCCUAUCCAUAAACCUGAGCCCCCUUCCCAUGUAAACCUCCCUGAUCCCCCCAACUCCUCCUGCCUUAAGCCUGGGGUUCUGGUUAACCACAACGGGCCCAGGUCCAGCUCCAGGGCAGGCCUCCGUGUGCACUUCAAACUGCCUGAGGAUGAAACGGAAAACCAGAGUGAAGCAUCCAAUAGCCAUUCAUAUGAAGAUAUGUCGCAGUUGGCCAAUAAGGAACCACCUCCAGUACUGGCCAAGCCCAAACUAGACCCUGUCCAGCUGCAGCUUCUGCACAACCAGGUGCUUAUGGAGCAGCAGCAGACUGAGACUGAGCCAACCGGAUCCACCAAGAGCCAAUCGGAGGCAUCUGCCUGGCCAGCCCAGACACACCACGAGUCCCAGGCACAGACCCAAGCCCAGCCUCAGUCAAACCUGCCCCAUUCAUCUACCCCCAUGCUCCUGCAGACCACCCACGCCGCACCCAUACUGACCAAAGCCUCAACACCCUUUCUCAACUCCGCCCCUGUGACAAGAUUGAACACUACCCCUACACCCCAGCUAAACACUAGUCCCCCUGCCCACCUGCUAAACAUUGCCUCUGCACCACUACUGAACCCAUACAAUACCCAUUCCUAUUCUACUGCUUCACCCCUGCUAAACACAAGCCCUGCACCCCCAAAGAACACUACCUCUGCAACGCUACUGCUGAACACAGCCCCUCCUGCACCCGUUAUGGGUACCCUGCCGUCCCUUCCUCAACUGAAGACAGCUCCUUCUUGUAUGAGCUCCCCUCCAACUGCCUCUCUGCUGAGAACUGUUCCUGCACCACACCUGUACACCAGCCCUGCAUCCCCACCCUAUAUGACCCAGCAAAACACCACCCAUUCUUCCCAGCUGAAUUUAGCCCACUCAUCCCUGCCUAAAGCCAUUCACGUACCCAAGUUUAGCACACCUCCCACACCUCAUCUGAAUACAGCCCCCACAGCGUCUCUCAGCUCCAUCCCUGCAGCUUUCAUCAAGGCCCCCACAACCAUGCAGAACACCUCCCCCUCUCCCCUGCUCAGAACAACCCACGCCUCCCUCCUCAACCUGGCUCCUACGUCACAGAGCUUCAACCAUGCUAGGCCAAAGGAGUUCAUCACUGCCCAGACUGCCCUCUCUCCAUUUAGGAGUCCCUCUCCUACAGAGUCCCCUGUUCCGUUGCUCCACAAGCUGGCUGCCGAGCUCAACUCCUACAAUCCCAACCAGUUCUCUCCGCAACCCAGAGUCUUACCCACCAGCCCCCUUUCCUUCAUGUCCUCCCCCACCUCCCCGACCCUGUUUCCUGCUGCCUACCUAAACUCUGUGUUCGCCCUGCCACAGCAGUCGUUCCCGCAGGCAGCGUCCCCGACCUCCAGUACCUCCAGCCCCAUCCAGAACCAUGUGGCCUUCUUCAGCUCUGUCCUGCCCUCUCUACACACCACACAAGCCACCAACUCUAUGGGCCUGCCCAGGAGUGCUCAUGGGCCAUCUCAAGGCAUACGGAAGAAGUUGCCUACAAGCACUCGUCCUAUUUUAGAUGAUGACAUUCGUAGCAGCCAACAAACGCUCCUCCACGAUAUUGAGAAAAGGCUUAGGUUCAAUGAAGAUUUAAUGCGUGGUCAUGUACAACAGAAGCCAACUACUUAUGAGGGGAAAACAGCGAGCAGACACCUCGGACCAAACAUUCCCGCCACUGUCUUUAACUAUGACGAGGAGUACAAAGUGUCCAACUUUGAGCAGAGGCUGAUGAGUGAGAUAGAGUUCCGUCUGGAGCGCACGCCAGUCGAGGAGUCAGAUGACGAGGUACAACACGAUGAGAUCCCAACAGGGAAGUGCAUCGCUCCCAUGUUUGACAAAAAACUGAAGAACUUCAGGGCCAUGGAGGGUGUGCCUAUGACGUUCUCCUGUAAAGUGGUGGGGAUCCCCGUACCUAAGGUUUACUGGUUUAAGGAUGGCAAGCAUAUCUUGAGAAACAAUUAUCAUCAUAAGAAGAUAAGAGAGGGGGACGGAACCUGUGCCCUACACAUAGAGGUCACCAAUAACGACGAUGUUAGUGGCCUUCCAAAUCCAGAGCUGAUGUGGCUGAUCAAGGGGAGGCCCAUCUACCCAAACGUCUCCCACCGGAUGCUGGUGAGGGAGAAUGGAAUCCAUUCCCUUGUCAUAGACCCUCUAAAACAGGACGACGCCGGGACAUACACUUGCAUUGCCAGCAACAAAGCAGGACAGAGCUCCUUCGGUCUAGAGUUAAGAGUUGUGGGUAAGAAUGAAAAAGAAACUCCCCAGUUUGUGGAGAAGCUCCAGAACACAGGCAUCGCAGUGGACACCCCCGUCCGACUGGAGUGCAGGGUACUGGGCAUGCCUCCACCUGUUAUCUACUGGAAGAAAGACAAUGACACCAUUCCUCACACCAAGGCCAGAGUCAGCUUAAACCAGGAUGCCACUGGAUAUGUUUGCCUCCUGAUUCAGCCAACCAGGAAAGAGGAUCCUGGCUGGUACACCGUAUAAGCAAAGAAUGACGCAGGAAUUGUUUCAUGCACAGCGAGACUAGACAUCUAUGCCCAGUGGCAUCAACAUGCCCCUCUGCCUAUGAAGAAGGCUCCGCGGUAAGGCAGUCGCUAUGCAGCACUGACCGGCCAAGGCCUAGACAUUAAGUCUGCCUUUCCCACGAUGGACAACAGCCCCAUCCUCUUCUCCAGCUCCCCUAUGGAGGCACAGUUGGAGAGCGAGGAGCUGUGAGGAGCUAGC